CAGGUUUGCCAGAAUGAGAAGAACCUUAGCCAAGUAAAAGAAGGGCAAUUGAAGCCACUUCGUAAAUAUGAAGUUCGUCUAGUGUCCUAAAAGGGCUAGUCGCCAGCUUUUCCCCACUUGCAAAAGAAGGGUUGCCUAAACGAAGUCUUGACUUGCUCUCACGGGAUGCCGGCUUCUUCGUCAUGUUGCGUUUGUCCUUCCACGUGGCAAACUGAAUUGAAACUCAGUUCCCGCUUGCCGAUCCGCUAUUUUAACGAUGAAUACACCAUCACUCCUUGGAGGAACGUUGCACAUCCGUGUCUACGAAACGCCAUCUACGAAUAAGUGCAAAUAAUACGCAAGAUGAACCGUAACACGUGCAGUACCUAAUGGGACCUACAGCAAUGAUUCGCUCUGUUCCCUUUACCACCGCAACAAACGCAACUGCCGCGAGUUGCAUAUCUUCUGUCUCACUCCAAAAUCUGUUCGUGGAACAAACAGAUGUCGCAUGCUAUUAGUGAUUGAUGUCCCAUCUUCCAAUGGAAACGUUUUGAAGAUGAACAGAAGAGAGGACACAAUCGCACCCGAUUGCAUCCAUUGUUGUCGGUAGAGGAAAAGAAAACAGGAACAAGGUCCCUCUUAAAUAGUAUAUUGUGUUUCGAUUUGCGGUAAAAACUAAAGUUACAAUUAGCCGUAGUAGAUUGAAGUAUGUUGAAUGGCGCGUAUUUGAAUGUUUGCACAUGGACUAUAUGCUGCCUAGCGCAAUUGUGCUGUUCUACUAUUUCCUUUUUUCCUAUCCCAUUUUCGGCGCGUCGACUGGAUAAUGACGUCAACUGAAGGGCCGUUUCUGUACUAACCCGCUCGAUGAUACGUUCACCGUUUUUCGUUAACGUUCAGUAUGUUGUGAUAAGAAAAUACAGCGUGUUAUUGUUCUGGAUGAACAUCAGAGCAGCAGACAGCAGUUAGCAUUCUUUUUACUGCCUUCUUGAGUCCCCCCCCCGUUCCCCCACCUGGAGUGUAAGUGUGUCUACGUGAACAGGUCACCAUCAGCACGUUGCAACCAGACGCACGGAAACAGUAUUGCCGUGCAAAUAUACAGAAAACGAAUGUUGGAGAACUGAGAUUUUACUGUUAAAUAUCCAGCUUUUGUCGCUCUUUCUUUUUCUCAUUCUGCAAUUUGAAGUAUUGAAGUCAUACACAAAAACAAACGAGUUAAGUCGAAUAGUACGGUAUUUCUUUGAAACACUCCUUUAAACAUGCUUUUUCGGGCACAAUUGCGUCGCUUUGAUGCUUUUACGAAAACAGUUGAGGAUGCCAAGAUCAAAACUGCUGGAGGUGGUUUAAUUUCGAUCAUUUCUGCAGUAAUCGUUUUUGUCAUCGUGUUUUUAGAAUGGAAAAAUUAUCAACGGAUUGUUGUGCAACCCGAGAUUGUUGUUGAUCCUUCAAGAAACGAACGCAUGGAGAUUAACUUCAACAUUACUUUUCCCCAUGUUCCCUGUCAUUACAUGGGAGUCGACGUAAUGGAUAUCAGCGGAGACUUUCAGCAGGAUGUUCAACACUCCGUUACCAAGACCCGACUGGAUAAGUAUGGAAACAUCAUCGCGGUCAUUGAUUCUGAUAUUGGAAGUGCUACCGAUGAAUCUGCUAUGGACAAGGAUGGUGAGGUCACUUGUGGUGAUUGUUAUGGCGCUGGCGACGCUGCUCCUCCUGAGACACCAGGCUGCUGUAACAAUUGUAAAGCUGUUCGCGAUGCCUAUGCUCGUAAACAGUGGGCCAUUGGCGACUACGAUGCCUUCCAACAAUGUCGUGAUGAAAAUUACAAGGCUGAACACGCAAGCCAGAAGGGAGAGGGUUGCAACAUUGCUGGUCAUUUGUUUGUGAACCGUGUUGCGGGAAAUUUCCACUUUGCUCCUGGUCGCUCAUUUCAAACGCAGCAAGGACACUUGCACGACCUGCGAGGAUACGAAGAAGAACAAGAGGCUCACGACAUGACCCAUAUGAUUCACCAACUUAGCUUCGGCCCUCCAAUUAAACCAUCGGCCGAGCAUACAGACCCAUUAGACGGACACUUUAAAAAUACUGAUGAUGCUCUGCACAAUUACGCUUACUUCAUUAAGUGUGUUGCUCAUAAGUUUGUCCCUCUCGACCCUGCCGAUCCUACUAUCAAUACCAACGAGUUUUCUGUCACACAGCAUGAGCGAUCAGUUACUGGUGGCCGUGAAAAUGACAAUCCAUCUCAUUUGAACCGCCGCGGUGGUAUUCCGGGCGUGUUCUUCAACAUCGAUAUCAGUCCAAUGCUGGUCAUUCAAAGACAGAUUCGUGGUAACACGUUUGGCGGUUUCAUAAGCAAUGUCCUCUCUUUCUUGGGUGGUUUUAUUACAUUAACUACUCUUGUUGACCGUGGACUUUAUGCUGCGGAAUUGAAAAUGAAGAAGAAUUGAGUGGAUACUAUAACUUUUUAUUGUACUGCAACAACCAACACACAUCUUUUUUAGAUCUACCUUACUGAGCCUAGUGCUCUACGCUUUCCUUCGUUUACAUAUGAGAUCUUUAGUUCUUCGUCGCACGUAUCCGUCGCUCUUUUUUGUCGCAUCCAAACAACGCUCGUUCUCAAGACUUUACGUCUUUACGGAUGAAGACCCCUGCGCCUUCGGAAUGGCUUGUUCGUGACGUUAUAGCAAAGUCGGUACGAACGGCCUUCCGGCGCUGCAGAAUGCCCGGUAUCUUUUUUAUCGCUAUUUCAUUAAGUAGUUAUUUGCUUGACCAACCAUCUUUUCCUGUCUGAC